CGAGACACCACACGACCUCUCCCCGCCCUUCUCCAGACUCCAGCUUUCACCCCCGCUGCCCCCGCCGACCGCCGCGUUCUCCUCCCCACGACCCUCGUGUUUUUUCUCCCCCUCAAGGACGUGAAAGAUGGGUCAAACCCUCUCUAUACCUGCCACGGACAAGACGACGCAGCAGGGCGGAAAUGGCAAGUUCCUGUACGGCGUGUCGGAGAUGCAAGGAUGGAGGAUAACUAUGGAAGACGCGCAUACCGCCGAACUAAACCUGGACGGCGCACCAUCGGAGGACGAGACGAACACGUUCUUCGCAGUAUACGACGGCCAUGGCGGCGCGGCGGUCGCAAAGUACGCAGGGCAGAACGUGCACCACCGUCUUGUCCGGGACGAGGCAUAUAAGCAACACGAUUACCGGCUCGCGCUGAAGAACGCGUUCCUUGGGACCGAUGAAGACAUUCGAUCUAACCCUGACUUCGCCCGGGACGCCUCUGGUUGCACCGCGGUCGCAGCGCUUGUUACAAAGGAGGGCAGGGUCUACGUCGCGAAUGCAGGUGACUCGCGGUCGGUGAUCAGCGUCAAGGGCGAGGCGGAGGCUCUCAGUAUUGACCACAAGCCGCAAAAUGAGGUGGAGAAGAACCGCAUUGUGGCAGCUGGCGGAUACAUCGAAUACGGCCGUGUAAACGGUAAUCUCGCGCUGGCCAGGGCGUUGGGCGACUUCGACUACAAGAAGAAUGCGUCUCUGCGACCCGAGGCUCAGAUCAUCACCAGCGAUCCUGAAAUCAUGGAACACCAGAUCACUGAGGAGGACGAGUUUAUCAUCAUCGCCUGCGACGGCAUCUGGGACUGCUUGACAUCACAACAGGCCGUGAACGUCGUGCGACUCCUUAUUGCUCAAGGGCGUAAGCUGCCGGAACUGUGCGAAAUGAUCUGCGAGCUGUGCCUAGCGCCCGAUACCACCACCGGCGCAGGUAUUGGUUGCGACAACAUGACGAUCAUGGUCGUGGCCUUGCUCCAUGGCCGGACAGAGGAAGAGUGGUACCAGUGGGUAACGGAACGCGUGAAGAGCAAAUACGGAUACCCAACCCCGGAGACGAUCCCGCAACUCUACUCAACAAGCCGACUCAUGUCGUUCAAGGUGAAGCGCGAGGCCUACGAACAGCGCCGGCGGGAACGGCAGGAGCGGGAGGAGCGCGAUCGAGUGGGCAACACAAACGAGGGUUCGAAUUCUCUUUUUGGCGGGCUUGCCAGCAUCCUCGGGGGCGACAGUUCGCUCACACUUCCUACGGCACCAGACGAUGACGAUGAUGACGACAGCGACGAUGACGACGCGGAGAGUCACGGCGGCAAUGCGCGAUCGCUCAUCAGCAAUGCUGGCUUCGGCUUUGGCGGGCGGACGAUCCAGCUCGACAUGACGAAGAGCCUCCGGGAGCAGCUGCAAGAGCUGGACGCCAUGGGCGCUUUCAGCGACGCCGACGUCGAGAUGGGCGACAUGGAGGAGGACGAGAUCGAGUCGGAGGAGCACGAACACGAGGAGCACGCCGACGGCGAGCACCCGAGUGACCCGGAGUCUCCGACCUACACCGCCGCCAACGGAUCCUCAACAGAUGGCGAGGCACCUCCACCGCCGCCGACGCCGCCAGUCAAUGGGGACGCAACGCCGAAGCAGCUCAAGCCGCUCCCGGACGGCGACGCACCGAGCGCGGCGGUGAAGGCGGAGGGCCUGUUGGACGCGAGCGAGAGCCCGCUCAAGGUGUAGGGUAGUGUAUGUGCAGUGUAUUAAUCCACCGGUGUUUGUAUCAUGUCGCGACAUCCCCUGCUAGUAGUCUCUUUUUCGUCCCGGGCCCCCUUCUUCACGCCUCCUUCAUCAUGUCGAUAUCUAUCACAGAUCGGACUAGCCCACAUCCGUUCUCGUUUUACGGCUCCCCGCGUUCGUGUCGUCGUGUCCUCAUCCCCAAGCAAUCAUUGGUGUCUUCAUAGUCCAUAGUUGAUGUGGCUUGUACGUAUCUCCCCGGUUACCCCGUGCCCCUCCUCUCUGUUUGUACAUGCAUGACGAGCUGGAUAGAAUGUAGCGUUCAA